AAACCAAUUACUCUCUUGUUCUCAUUGGUAGUGGAGUUACGGUGUCCUGAUUGAACUUGACGUAAGAUGGUGAAGAUGCACUCGAUCCGUGUGGUGUCGACACUGUUGAUAGUUAUGGUCAUAGGGAUCUUCGCACAGGGAGGGGGAAGGUUCCCAACCCACCAAACUACCCAUCAUACUAUCCAUCAUACAUCUACACACCAUUCAACUCAUCAUACCCCUCAUCAUACGACCACGAGGCAUGACGUGAGAAGCAGAGAAGAGAUGGAGGCUCAAGUGUCUCCAGUGUUAACAAGCCGGAAAGUAGCUUUCAGUGUUGGUAAAGCUACAGAACCCUUCCGUGCUGUGGCUCGCCUCCACUUCAGGGAUAUCUUUACCAACAUUGGAGGAGGAUGGGACCCCGCAAGUAGUGAAUUCGUGGCGCCUUUCGACGGAUUGUAUUUCUUCAUUUUUCACGCGAUCGGGGCAAAAGAUUCGGACUUUACACUGGCUUUAACGAAGAAUACGACCUUCGAAGUGACUGCUUAUGGUACUCUGACAACGUAUGAACACGGCACCAAUUCGGUCGUGUUGUCGCUGAAGCGGGAGGACAAAGUGUACCUGGAGCUCCAGCAGGGCGCAAUCUAUGAGAAUCCAGGCAACGAAACUUACACAACCUUCACUGGCUUCAUUAUUUAAGACUUAUAUUUUGAAAAACUUGAAUUAACGGAAGAUUUGUCAAUGCAAGUGUUGAAUUUUCAAUAAAUAGUUAAGAGGGAA